AUGGCUGCUCGUCAAGCUUUCCGCAUCGCCACGCGCGCCACUGGCCGCAACGCUUUCUCUACACUCCCUCGCCAGGCCUUCCGUCAGCAGGGUCGCCGCGCCUACUCGUCCGAGGCUCCUGCUCCCGAGAAGUCUUCUUCUAGCCUUCCUUACAUCAUCGCCGCCGCUGCUGCUGGUGGUCUUGGCUUCUGGUACUACACCUCCAAUGGCGCCCCCUCUGCCGCUUUCACCAAGGUUCCCACCCAGGCCGACUACCAAAAGGUUUACAACGACAUUGCUGCUCGCCUCGAGGAGAAGGACGACUACGAUGACGGCAGCUUCGGCCCCGUCCUCCUCCGUCUUGCCUGGCACGCCAGUGGUACCUUUGACAAGGCUACCGGCACUGGUGGCAGCAACGGUGCUACUAUGCGCUUCAACCCCGAGUCCGGCCACGGCGCCAACGCUGGUCUUUUGACUGCCCGCGACUUCCUCGAGCCUAUCAAGGCCAAGUACCCUUGGAUCACCUACUCCGAUCUCUGGAUCCUCGCUGGUGUUUGCGCUAUCCAGGAGAUGCAGGGCCCCAUCAUCCCCUACCGCCCCGGCCGUGGUGACCGUGAGGCUGCCGCUUGCACUCCUGAUGGCCGUCUUCCCGACGCCACUCAGGGCCACGACCACCUCCGCAACAUCUUUGGCCGUAUGGGCUUCAACGACCAGGAGAUUGUCGCUCUCUCUGGUGCCCACGCCCUUGGUCGCUGCCACACCGAUCGCUCUGGUUUCACUGGCCCCUGGACCUUCUCUCCUACUAUCCUGACCAACGACUACUACCGCCUCCUGCUCGAGGAGAAGUGGCAGUGGAAGAAGUGGAACGGUCCCAAGCAGUACGAGGACAAGACCACCAAGACCCUCAUGAUGCUUCCCACCGACAUGGCCCUCGUCCAGGACAAGAAGUUCCGCCCCCACGUCGAGCGCUACGCCAAGUCCAACGACGAGUUCUUCAAGGACUUUUCUGCCGUCAUUGUCACUCUUUUCGAGCUCGGUGUUCCUUUUGCUGCCGGUUCCGAGUCCCAGCGCUGGAACCUGAAGCCCACUUGGGAUGAGUCCAAAUAA